UCUUUGUGCUAGUACAGAACUGGGCAGAUCAUGAUUGAUCGUACAUUCCAGCGCAGUAGGUGGCGGCAUGCACGUAAACCAUUGUUUGCGGACCACCAUGAUAUCAUAGAAGAAGUUGUUAGAUAUUCAGGUCCCGCUGGGCCGCAGAGAAGUCAUGUCCUUGAUCUGGGCAAAAGGGCUCAAUCUUUAGCAAAGGGAGUGGGAUACUAGUAGUAAGGGGAGGCAAUUUUAUCGUGUGCUCCGGUCAUUAAAGGAAGAGGUGGGGUGUAUGGGAUGUAGAAGAGGAAGUUGGGUGGAGUAGACUACGUGUUGGGAACACAGGUUUGAAUGCCACGUUGUGGAUGGUAGGGAGACAUGAAACAGGUCUGUGUGAUGAGUGUUUAGAGGAGGAAAUGGUGGAGCAUGUGUUGAUAUUUUGUGAACUGUAUGAUGUAGAUAGGGAGAGAUUGUGUGAAAGGGUUAGAGAGGUUGGAUGGGGCUUGGGUGGUGUAUUGAGGGGAGGGAAGUGGUGUCAAGUCUCUUUCACCUUCUUCGAGGAACAGGAAAAAUGAAGAGAAUUUAAUGUAUGUAGGCUGUGUCUGGCUUCGCACUCCAGUACAGUAGGUGGCAGUGUAUGCAGCUUAAGUUGUAUGCGACCCGCCAACCCAAGAAGAAGAAAUUGCCAAUGAAGCCAUUUCUGUGCGUCGUGAUCUGAGAAUGCUUGUAUUCCAGGAUGUCUGCUGAAAGCCAAGAGAACCGGACAGUGGAGGUGCUGGGAGUACCAGAGGAGGUGGAGGAUGAGCUGCUGUAUUUGUACUUUGAGAACAAGCGUCGUUCUGGGGGAGGUAAUCUGGUGUCUGUGGAGCUGGAAGGGAGCCGGGCCUUACUGCUGUUUGAAGAGGCGGAGGUUGCAUCAAGGGUCCUGUCUAAAAGAGCACAUGUCCUGAGCAAUGCUAAGCUGACCGUGAGGAAGCCUGCGUGUAAGGAUCCACGGAGGCUGCUGCUGCGGGGGGUUAACCCAUCCAGCUGUCAAGAGCUGGUGGAGCUGUAUGUAGAGAACAUGAUGGGGAUGGACAUGGACGACUACACUCUGUACCCCUCACCUGGCAGGGACCUGGUCCUAGUACACUUCCAUCAGGCCUUCAAUAAAGACUUCCAGAAGCUUUGCUCAAAGAUCUCUAAGAAGCCUCUGGAUGGAGCGCAGAUUGUUCUGGAACAGAUCGACCAAACUGACUCCAUCCUAAUGGAGAACCUGCACCCCAGCAUCACAGCAGACAUGCUUCAUCUGUACCUGGAGAGCCAACGGUGCGGUGAAGUUAAGGAGGUCACCAUGAUGUCAGAGGGGGUUGCCAGGGUCUCCUUUCUGGACUUUGACUCAGUGGAACGUGUCCUUAAACAAUCACAUAAACUGGAGGGGACAGAUCUGACGGUCAGGCCUUACUUCUCCUUCCUCCAAUCAGAGGAUAGCUCCUCCUCACCUCUGACCUCUCCCCUGACCUCUGUGAAUGGAACAUCAGAUAGUAGCACAAUGAACACACAGCAGACAGACAGUGGUGGUCAAUCACAGACUGAUUCUCUCCCUGCAGCCAGUACCAGUGACCGUUCUCGGUCCUCCCACCAGGCUACCUCUGAGCCUCUGGUCCCCCCUCUGUCCCCCCCUGUGUCCCAGGCAGUAGCAGCCCAGGGAGGCAAGGAUGACCUAAUGUCGACCCCAGAGCCCAUGUCUAGCCACAUCUCCGUCCCAGACCCGGUGAAACUCACCCUGCUCCAGGCCAGUCCCCUGCCCCAGAGCCUCCAGCUGGCCCACCAAGGCUGUAACGUCCAGAUCAGGGAGGACGGUGUCCACAUGGCCGGGCCUGACCGGCUAGUGCUGGAGCAGUUGAAGAAUGCUGUGUUGGAGUUCCUUGGGGGCGUGGCCCAGGCUCAUCUCACCUUUGACCCAGAAAAGGCCCACUUCCUGGCCAAACAGGAAGUGAAGGACAGGCUGCUGCAGACGUUGAAAGAAAACGGGCUGCCGUCCGUGUACACCGUGUCGGACUGUGACGUCAUGGUAACGUCUCUGUCUGCCAGCUUGGUGAGCCAGGCAUGUAGCAUGUUGAAGACACUGCUGUCUGACUUCAGUAUCCCUGUGGACAGAACGUAUGAGUGUAUGCUCUACGCCCAGGAGUGGACUGGCUUCCUCCAGUCUCUGGGUCUUUGCUCAGCUACGGUGUCAGAAAGAGGACAGAUAGAUGUCCUGACUCUGAAAGGUUUGGAGGAGGAGAAGCAGGCUAAGAUAGUGGAGUUCCUCAGUACACCCAUUGAAACGGAGGCUAUCAUCUCUAUGGAGCCAGGCAUGUUGAAGUACAUCCAGACCCACCAUCAUCAGCUACUGGCUGAUAUGAACCAGGUGUCCAUCUUCCCUCUAGACGCACAUGGCGUCUGUGGACUCAGAAUCCAAGGCAAUGCUGCGGCAUGUCAAAUGGCCGAUGAGGUUCUGAGGGGCGUGGUGUUGUCCACCGAGACCAGAACCAUCACGGUGAAACAGACGGGCGUGGCGCGGUUCCUCAUCCAGGAGGGGGAGGGGACCAGCAUCCUCAGGGAGAUGCAGACUAAGUUCCAGGUCUACAUCAACAUGGAGAAGGUGCACUGGGAACCCCUGGAGAACGAGAAUAUCUUUGAGGCUGCGUGGAAUAUGAUGUCCCAUCAGACCUUCCAGAGAAGUUCCUUACAGGCCUCAACAUCAGUUCUGACUCACACUACCCAGAAUUCCAACAACCUCUCAGCUUCAGACAGAGGUCGUAUAGAGGAGGCAAAGAGGCUGUUCUCAGCCAUAGAUGAGACAGUGGACUCUGGCCUCUCCGGUUUGGCCAGAACCACUGACAUGGAGGAGGAUCUGUAUACGGCCGAGGAACCCAUGGCCCUGAGCUCUGACCAGGGCCCAGACAGUGACAGCGCUAACGUUGAGGUGGAGGAAGAGGCUCCACUGCCCCUGGUGGAGGGAGGGGAUAGUGACGAUGAGGGUGCUACUGCUCCUGUGGUGACUCAGGAUGGAGAGCUGUCCCGGGCCAUUCAUCUCUCCACUACCCUGGAGGAGGAGGCGCAGAUGUCCCUGGCCAUCCAGUACUCUAUGGAGACCACCAAGAGGUCCCUUGCCGACGAGGAGGAGGAGCUGCAGAAGGUUCUAGAGCUGUCCAGGAAGAUGACGAAGAUGACUCGGGAUGAUGAUGGUGGUGCCAUGCCUUCCGCUUUCCUCCCUACUGCUGGCUCCCACCUCGAUCAGGCUGUCCAGGUAUCUCUGCAGGAGGCCAUUCAGUCAGCCAACUCGGCAACAAUCUUUGUGUUCGCUGGCUAUAGUUGUGACCUGAUCAGAGUGGACAUUGCCCUGAACAAGAGGGUCAGUAUUAGACAGCAUGAGGAGAAGUUAGAGCACCGCAGCCUGAGGAGCCUGUCUCCGUAUCACAGGUGGUGUCUGGACCUCAUCAAGAGGAAACACGCCGUGGAGGUCACCGUCCAGGGAACUACGGCAAUCAUCUCCGGGUUCAAGGACUUUGUUACCGGCGCGAUGCCGGACAUGAAGUUGCUGCUGAGGAAGAUCUCCACGACGACAUCAGACGCUGACAUCCUGCGGACAGUGCAAUGGGUGUGGCACGACCCGGCGUCGCCAGGGACGGAGACCCCGUACGCUCCGGAGGCGACAGUGUUCAUGGAGAACGCCUGGAAGAUGAGGCAGGAAAAGAUCGACAUCCUGCUCAACAACCUGCCGCACAUCAUCAACUUUGAGAAGAUGCAGGAGUACAACAUUGCCUCUGGGAAGUCCGUAACCAUCUCCAGGAAGGUGCUGAGCUCAGAUGACGUGUACUCAGAUAUACAAGAUGAGGACUACAGUCCACGGUCCAACCUGCCUGAAACAUCCAUAAUGAACAAGGAUUCUGAUGAGUUCCGGGAUGUUGUGAAAGACUUCUACGACUCCAUACAGGAGUACCACAACGAAAUCCGAAUCAUUAAGGUUGAGAAGCUGAUGAAUAGGCUCCUGUACAACCAGUACAGACUGAAGAAGGCUAGUAUAAAUCAGAGUACCACUGACCCAGAAGUGGAGCGGACUCUGUACCACGGCACAAGCGAGACCAGCGUGAAAGAGAUCUGUAUUCAUGGCUUCAAUAGAAGCUUCUGUGGAAAGAAUGCCACUGUGUAUGGUCAGGGGGUCUACUUUGCUGUGAACUCGGCCCUGUCCAUCCAGGAUCAAUAUUCUCCCCCCAACGCAGAUGGACACAAGUUUGUGUUUGUGACCAAGGUGCUGACUGGGGACUUCACUCAGGGCAGUCAUUCCAUGAAGGCUGCUCCUCUGAAGGAGAGCUCUGACAUACCACUCCGAUACGACAGCGUGGCAGAUAAGACUGACAACCCCUCUCUGUUUGUGAUCUUCAACGACACACAGGCAUACCCUGAGUAUCUCAUCACAUGUCAGAAGAUUCACCGCUGAGGGAAGGAGGGAGUGGGAGAUGAUUUGAUAUCCAAAGAACUGUUUCGUCUGUGUUUUAUUUGUUAGUUUUCUCCCUACUGAGAAAAGAGGAUUCAAAUAAAAUGGUAUUUGUCACAUGCACCGAAUACAACAGGUGUAGGUAGACCUUACAGUCAAA